CUUCGCCAAUGCUUUAUAAAGUCUCAACAUUGCAUCUUUGCUUUUAUAUUCUAGUCCUCUUGAAAUGAAUGCUAAUACCGCUAAUACUGCUUUUGCCUUCUUCAACAAAGACUUAACCUGCAAAUGAACUUUUAGGGAAUCCUGUAUAUUGACUCCUAAGUCCCUUUGCACUUCGGUUUUUUUUUCGUAUUUUCUCUUCAAUUAGAAAAUAGUCAACUCUUUUAUUUCUUGUACCAAAGUGCAUGACCAAACACUUCUUGACACUGUAUUCCCUCUGCCACUUCUUUGCCCAUUCUCCUAACCUAUCCAAGUCCAUCUGUAGCCUCUCUACUUCCUCAAAACUACCUGCCCCGCCACCUAUCUUCAUAUUAUCUGCAAACUUUGCAACAAAGCCAUCAAUUCCAAUCAUCCAAAUCACUAACAUAUAACAUAAAAAGAAUCGUUUUCAACACAGACCCUGUGGAACACCACCAGUCACCAGCAGCCAAUCAGAACAGGCUCCCUUUAUUCCCACUCUUAGCUUCUUGCCAAUCAGCCACUGCUUUAUCCAUGCUAGAAUCUUUCCUGUAAUACCUUGGGCUCAUACUUUGUUAGGCAGCCUCAUGUGUGGCAUCUUGUUAAAGGCCUUCUGAACAUCCAAGUACACAACAUCAACUGAUUCUCCUUUGUCUAUCCUGCUUGUUAUUUCUUAAAAAAAAUUCCAACCCGUUUGUCAGGCAAGAUUUUCUCUUGAAGAAACUAUGCUGACUAUGGCCUGUUUUAUCAUGUGCCUCCAAGGACCCCAAAACUACAUCCUUAACAGUCGACUCCAACUGCUUGCAGCCACUGAGAUCAGAUUAACUGGUUUAUAAUUUCCUUUCUUCUGCCUCUCUCCCUUGAAGAAUGGAGUGACAUUUGCAAUUUUCCAGUCUUCAAAGCCAUUCCAGAAUCUAGUGAUUCUUGAAAGAUCCUUACUAAUGCCUCCAUGAUCUCUUCAGCCACCUCUUUCAGAACCUUGGCAUGUACAUCAUCUGUACAGGUGACUACCUUCAGACGUUUCAAUUUCCCAAAACCCUUCUCCCUCGUGAUGGUACCUUCACACAGUUCAUGACCCCUGACACCUGGAACUUCUACCAUACUGCUAGUGUCUUCCACAAUGGAGACUGAUACAAAAUAGUCAUUUAGUUCGUCUGCCAAUUCCUUGUCCCCCAUUACUACCUCUCCAGCAACGUAUUGUUUUCCAGCGAUCCGAUAUCCACUCUCACCUCUCUUUUAUACUUUAUGUAUCUGAAGAAACUUUUGGUAUCCUCUUGAAUAUUAUUGGUUCGUUUACAUUCUUAUUCCAUCUUUACACCUUAGUUACAUUUUUAGUUGCCUUCUGUUAAUUUGUGAAAGCUUCCCAAUCCUCUGACUUCCCACUAAAUUUUGCUCUGUUGUAUGCCCUCUCUUUGGCUUUUAUGUUGGAUUUGACUUCUCUUGUUCACCAUGGUUAUGUCAUCUUGCCUUUAGAAUACUACUUCCUGUUUGGGAUGCAUAUAUCCUAUGUCUUUUGAAUUGUUUCCAGAAAUUCCAGCAUUGCUGCUCUGCCCUCAUCUCUGCCAGUUCUCAAUUCUUGUCAACUCUUCUCUCAUGCCUCUGUCAUUCCCUUUACUCCACUGUAGUAGUGAAUCACAUGACUUUGGCUUCUCCUUCUCAAAUUUCAGGGUGAAUGUGAUCAUAUUAUGAUCACUUCCCCUAAGGGUUCUUUUACCUUAAGCUCUCUAAUCAAUCCUGGUUAGUUGCAUAACAUCCAAUCCAGAAUAGAUUGUCCGCUGCUCUUAAAAAGCCAUCUUGUAGGCAUUCCAGAAAUCCCCCUCUUGGAAUCCAGCACCAACCUAGUUUUCCCAAUCUACCUAUAUAUUGAAAUACCCCAUGAGUAUUGUAACAUUGCCUUUGUGGCAUGUAUUUUCUAUCUCCCGUUGUAAUUUGUAGACCACAUCCUAUGUCUCCAGAAUACUCUGCAGAUCAUGCCCCAUUCCUAGACUGUGUGUGAAGCAGACGUAGCAAAGUCUGUUGUUUUCCUGUGUGGUGAGAAAUGGAAACACAUCUCAAUUAUUUCUGUAGCUCAGUUUGACAGUAUUCCUAUGAGGUGUGCUCCCUCAUCUGAAGCUUGCAGAAGUUGAGAAAUCAGAAAGACUCUAUUAUAUUCUACAUUAUUAAACUAUUAAGGAUUAGGGAAUACAAGAGAUCAGUCAUGGAGCCUGGAGUGUAACGUGAGAUUGCAACCUGAUUAGGGGAAUGACAGUGGCUAAAGAGAACUCUUCCCAAUGUAGGGUUGAAAUGGACAAGCAGGGCAAGAAAAUCAGUGGAGGAAUAAGUGGGUAAAUUCUUUCAGAAGUUCCAGUGACAGGUAGCAGGAGAAUAAUCUGGUGUGGAAGAUAUCUAUGAUGCUGGAUUAAGGAUGUCAUUAGGAAAACAAUUUUGAAAAGUGCAGAAUCAACUUAAGUCCAUUCUGGGUGUAAGAAUGGAUCGUAGUGUGAAAACUGGACAUGGUAUUGGCAGUUCUGGCUAAGAACAUGGUAUGGUGGAUUUCUCCAUGUGAAGGAUAGGUUGAGACAUAGAUUAGGCCUUUGCUGACUACACAUGCAAAAUUGUAACAUCCCUCUCAUUCUGUCUGCUGCGCUAUGUCCAUGUCCUGUUCACUGCCUGUUCAUGUGCCUCUUUACAUGCUACUUACACCGUGCUACUGUUUCUGUUUCUGCUACUUACCUGGCAGUGAAUUCCAGGCACCUAUUUCACUUGGUGUAAAAUAAAGCUCGCCUUGUAUGUAUCUUCUUUAAACUUCGCCCUCUCAUCUUAAACCAAUGCCCUCUGAUAUUUCACACUUCCAUCUGGAAAGAAGAUUCUGAUUACCUACCUUGUCUGUCUGUGCCUCUCAUAAUUAUAUAUACUUCCAUCAGAUCUUCCCUGAACCCCCAGAGAAAAAAAAAUGAAUUUGUCCAACCUCUGCUUAUAGGUAAUGCUCGCUAAUCCAGAUGACACCCUAGUGAACCUCUUUUGCACUUUCUCCAAAGCCUCCACAUCAUUCCUAUAAUGUAAUGUCCAGAACUGCACGCAAUCCUCCAGAUAUGGCCUGACCAAAGUUUUAUCCAACUGUGACAUGACUUGCCGACUUUUCUACUGAACGUCCCAACUGAUGAAGGCAAGUUUACUGUAUGCCUUAUUUACCACCCUAUCCACUUGCAUUGCCACUUUCAAGAAACUAAGGACUUGCAUCACAAGAUCCCACUAUAUGUAAAUGCUAGUCAGAAUCUUCUUUACUACCUGCAUUUCCACAAAUUUGGUCUACAACUUUGCAGAUCAGACCAUCGACAUUAUUGUGUUACAAAUAACAGAGGUCACGCCACUAGUCACAGACCUCCAAUCAAAAAUGCCACUCUACCACAAUCCUCUGUCAUCUGUAACCUAGCUAAUUUUGAAUCCAACCUACUAACUCAUAGUGUAUCCUAUGUGACCUAAUCUUCUGACUCAGUCGACAUGGGACCUUAUCACAAACAAGAGAACCUUAUCAAAUGCUUUACUCAAGUCCAUGUAUACAACAUUCACAGCCCUGCCCUCAUCAGUCAUCCUUGUCACCUCAAAACUAUGCUGACUAUUCCAAUAGAUUUUAAAAUGGGCAUUCGCACAUAGAUUAUUGUUUGCAAUGAAAGCAAAGACUCUAAAGUGACUGGACCAUGGAAGAAGUUGGAAUGCAGAGUUCAUCAUGCAGUAUCAUCAUAUCUCCAGCUCUGUCUGCAAGAUACUUUCUUCAGUGACCCAGUCACUUUACCACAGCCCCGGAGAGACAGGAACAGCAGGGCUCACACAGCUAAUGGUACGAGCUAACAGUCUAAAAAGUUCAUCUGUUUGGCGAGGUAAGUGGGGCCCCAAACUUUCCUCAGAGGUGAGGGGACACUUCAGCUAUGAGUCUGUUGGGAUUGUCAAUUGUAUCCGGUCCUCCUGCUGUGACCUCCUCUACAUCGGUACUUGAAUGUCAUGCAUCAUCACACCACAUCGUACGUGCACACCUCGCUUAAGGUAAAAACGAAACUAAGACAUGCAUUCCCGCUGUGUGUUUUUGCUUUCAAUUUUAUGCUCUGGAUUUCCAAAACACUACAAUGGCGAUGAGUUUGUUUUAAAUAAACCCAAGAUGACUACCUACUUGAUGAAACACUGCGAGACGUUUGAAUAAAAAAAAUACACACUGGAGCAUGUGUCUCUUCGGAAGGGGCAAAGAGGAAUGGCUGAGUUAAAAAAAAAGAAAGCAGAAAACUGACAACUUCAUGGGUAAUAAUCAUACAUUUAAAAAAAAAUGCAGAAAUGCCUGGCUGCAUCAGAAAGAUAGACACACUGGAUUGCACAUGAGAUAACUGAAUAUUGUAUACUGAGCUAAUUGUGCUGUAAUUUGAAGCAAAUAAAAGAGCCAAUAAGAAGUGAGUAAUACACACAAAAUGAUGGAGGAACCCAACAGGCCAGGCAGCAUCUCUGGAAAAGAGUAAAUAGUCGAUGUUUCGGGGUGAGACCCUUCUUCAGGGCUCCUGUUUGUGAUUAGAUGAGAAGUGAGUGCCAGUUUUGCUAAGUGCAAUGGAUUUAAAGGCAUACAGUAUGCUUUGAACUUCGAAGUUGGGCAAUCAAUGAGAGUGAGUACAUAAAAAGAGCUCCCUUUCAAUCAGGUCUGCGACCAAGAUUUAAAAGGCAGAGUUUCGCAGCAGUUUCUCUGAGUUGGGUGAUCAACGAGAGGGAACAUAUAAGAAGAGCUACCUUUCAAUCAGUACCACAAUCAAGAUUUAAAAGGCAGAGCUUCACGGCAAUUUCUCUAAGUUGGACAGCGACAAAUCAAUAUGAGAAAUUCAUUGAAAAGGUCCAAUAAAAACAAUGCAAGUGCAAGCGGAGUGGCCAUUCUUUUGAGUGGGCUAAUUUUAGAGUGGCUUUGGCUCAUUAGGAUUGGGCAAGGUAAGUUUCUCUCUUUCUGUUCUUACUUAUCCAUUCCUGGUCCGGUAAUGCAUAGUAAGAAUAGCUCCGGGGUAGUGUCUUGUGCUGUGUGGGGAUGUGGGAAUUCUGGGAGAUCUCCAGUCUCCUGAAUAAACAUAUCUGCACCAGGUGCACUGAGUUGCAACUCCUGAGAGAACAUAUUAAGGAACUGGAGCUGCAACUUAAUGGCUUUCGACUCAUAUGGGAGAAUGAGGAGGUGACAGACAGGAGCUAUAAGGAGGUAGUCACUCCUAGGUUACAGGAGACAGGUAACUGUGUGACUGUCAGGAGGAGACAAAAUGCACAGCCAGUGCAGACUACACCUGUGGCCAGUCCCUCAAUAAUAAGUAUACAACUCUAAAUAAUAUUGAGGGGAACAACCUAUGGGGGGGGGCGGGUGUUGGAGCCACAGUGACCAGGUCUCAGGGUCUCAGGCCGUGAGUCUGGUGCUGUGGCUCGGAAGAGCAGAGAUGAGGUUCUGUAGGCAUGAUAGGAUGGAGUGUUGCCUCCCUUGUACCAGGGUCAGGAAUGUCUGGAAUUGAGUCCACGGCAUUCUCAAGGUUGAGCAGCCAGAAGUCUUGGGUAUAUUGGCACCAAUUGGUAGUCAAGGUGAGAACGAUAAGAAUAGGAGGGUAAGAAUUGGCAGGUGAUUGCAUGGCUGAGGAACUGGUGCAGGGGGCAGGGGCUCACCUUUAUGGAUCAUCUCUUCUGGGGAAUGUAAGACCUGUAUAAAAGGUAUGGUUUACAUCUGAACCCGAGGAGGGUUCAAUAAUCUUACGGUCAGGUUUGCUAGAGUUGUUUGGAAGGAUUUAAACUAAUUUGGUAGGGGGGAUAGGAACCAGAGUGAUAGUGGUGAAGAUGACAUAGUUGGUUAAACGGAGGCAAUGUGUAGCGAGACUCCUGGCAGGAAGAGGCUGUUGAUAGGGCAAGAUUGCAGUCAACAAGAUGAGCUGCAAUGUAAAAGGUGGACACUUAGAAAAGGGUGAAUAUAGGACUAAAGUGUUAUAGUUGAAUGUUUGCAGUGUAUGGAAUAGGGUUGAUGAACUGUUAGCACAGUUGCAAAUUAGCAUGUACGAUGCUGUGGGCAUCACUGAAUCGUGGCUGAAAGGUUAUAAUUGGGAGCUUAAUGUCUAAGGAUAUACGUUGUAUUCAAAGGACAGGGAGGAAGGCAGAGGGGGUGGUGUGGCUCUGUUGGUAAAAAAAAUUUAAUUAAAUCAUUAGAAAGAGAUAACAUAGGGUUGGGAAGGUGUUGAAUUGUUGUGGGUAGAACUAAGGAACUGCAAGGGUAUAUUGACCCUGAUAGGAAUUGUAUACAGACCCCCAAACCGUAGUAAGGAUGUGGUCUACAAAUUAAAUGGGAAAUAAAAAAUCCAUGCGACAAGGGCAAUGUUACAAUAGUCAUGGGGGAUUUCAAUAUCGAGGUAGAUUGGGAAAAUCAGGUUGGUGCUGGAUCCCAAGAGGGGCAAUUUCUAGAAUGUCUAUGAGAAAGCUUUUUAGAGCAGCUUAUGGUUGAGCCCAAUAGUGGAUCAUCUAUUCUGAGUUGUGUGACGGGGUCCUGAAUUACCCCUAUGAACUGUGCUCAUUUACCUCUAUUAACUGUGCUUUUGAAAAAAGAGAGAGAGAGUUAUUUAACAUCAAUAUCUUGUUUUGAAAGAGAGAGAGAGAGAGAGAGAAAACCAUGUAUACAUGGUUCGUAUAAGCCUGGUGAUGGUGCUAAGUUUAGUAAACAAUGGAGGCAUGUUGACACCUCUCCAAGGUAAGGUUGAUAUUGCUGUUCAAUUUAUGAGCAAAGCUGCUGUUGAGGCCUACGAUUGCAAAACCAGAGGUUUAAAUUAUGAUGAUUUGUCACAGACUUUUCUACCUUCCAGAUUUCAGCAGGACUUAGAGAAUAGUACAGCUGAUGAGAAUAAGGUGUAUGAGAAAGGUUUGUCUUUAUUGAGGAAGGAAUUUAUAGAGGAACAGAAGCGAGAUUCUGGAAUGGUGGUUUUAAGGGAGAUAGCUCUCACAGGAGAGGAGGUUCAGAGAGAGUCAAUGGGAUAUUACCUUAAAGGUGGGGCGUCAAUGAGGAGGUGGAGACCAGCCACAGUGCUUGCAAGUCACGUGGUGGUUCUGAAAGUUUACAGGGCUGAAAUUUUAAACAUGGCUCACAGUAUGCCUUUAAGUGGACCUCGUGGAGUGAGAAAGACAGUGAACAGGAUUAUGAAGGAAUUUUACUGGCCUAGUUUAAGGAAGGAUGUUGUGAAUCAUAACAGGACUUGCCAUAUACGGACCGUGAUUAAAGCAUAUGGUGUGAGAAAUGGGAAAAAUUGGGAUGAGGGGGUUCUCUUCCUCCUAUUUCUUGUUGGAGAUUCAAUUCAGAAGGCAUUGGAGGGUAGUUUGUUGGAACCUGUAUUCAGUUACAGGCCAAAAGGACCUUUGACCCUACUCAGAGAACUAUGGUCUGAUUUAGAAACAUGUGCCAGUGUGUUUAAAUAUGUUUUAAAAUUCUGGGAAAGAUUUAAUAGGCUUUGUGUCCUUGCCAAGGAAAGUUUACAAAAUGGUCGAAUCAAAAUAAGACACUUGUUUGCUAGAAUUGCAGCUGGGAGAAUUGUUAUAGAACAAAAUGGAGUUGUGGAAUCUGAUGAUGGCGUGGAAAAACAUGUUUACCCACUGAAUCUAGUCUCACCAAGAUGUCAGAGUUCCAUUGUUUUGAAAAAUAUUACUAAUAAGGUCCAUCAGUUGGACCCUAAACCACAAAAACAAGUGAAAAAACUGAUUGACAUUUUGAAAUGGUGCACAGGUGCAGUGCAUCAUGUCAUUAAAGAUUCAGCCCAGCCUAUGAAACAGCAUCUUCACAGAGAGAACUUUGAGGAAAGUAAGAUGGUUGAAGAAGAAAUUAGAAACAAGGAAGGAGAAUGAAUGACUGUAUUGAUAGAGUGGGGAAGGCUAAAUACCUUAUAAAGAUUGACUUGUUAAAAGGAUACCGGGGUGUUCCUCUAUCAGAGAGGGCUAAUGAGAUAUCAGCAUUUGUGACACCGUCUAGACUGUAUGAGUAUGUUUUACACUUCGGGUUGAAAAGUGCUCCAGGGACAUUUCAAAGAAUGAUCAAUUCUGUGAUUGGAGGGUUAGAAAGCACAGGGGAUAAUAUCAAUGAUUUAGUUAUCUGGAAUGACACGUGGGAAGAGCGGAUUGCAGCAGUAGAAAAACGGUUUGACAGACUUUCCAAGACCAAUUUUACUGUGAACCUUGAUAAAAGUAAGUUUGGUCAUGCUACUAUUAUUUAUCUGGGCUAUGUGGUGGGCCAAGGCCAACUGGCUCCUGUACAGGCCAAGGUUCAAGCUAUUUCUUAAGUUCCUGUUCUGACCAGCAAGGAAGCUUUAAGAAGGUUUUUAGGAAUGGUUGGGUAUUAUCUUAUGUUAUGUAAGAACUUUGCUGACAUUGCUCUCCCCCUAACAAAACUCCUGGGAAGAGUGAAAGAUUUGUAUGGAAUGACCUUUGCCAGGAGGCAUUUGAACGCCUGAAAACCAUCCUGUGCUCAAAGCACCUGAUUUUUCCAAGCCAUUUUCUAUAGCAAAUGACGCUAGUGACGAAGCUGCUGGGGCAGUACUGUGACAGGAAGGAGUGAAUGACACUGAACAUCCAGUAGCUUAUUUCUCAAAGAAUUUGAAUGUACACCAGAACAAUUAUUCAACUGUUGAAAAGGAAUUAUUAGUACUUAUUCUGAUCUUACAACAUUUUGAGGUCUAUGUGCAGAGGCCUCGAAAUCUUUCUGUUGCCCAGACACCACUUGUGGUUUACAUGGGUUAUAAUCUGUUGGUGUUUUUAACUGAAAUGAAGGACAAGAAUAGAAUGUUGUUAAAUUGGAGUCUGAUAUUGUAAGAAUGUGACUUAAAACUCAAACAUGUGAAAGGUACUAACAAUAUUUUAGUUGAUUAGUUAUCCAGAUAUUAAGUUGGAAAUUGUACACAUUUUUGCUCUGUCAUCUGAUGAUUUUACUUGUAUUGUUUCAAACUCUGUAAUUUACAUUUAGACAAAAAAAAUUUGUCUUCGUUAAUUUUUUUUCCCUGAGGAAGGGGAGUGUGACGGGGUCCUGAAUUACCCCCAUGAACUGUGCUCGUUUACCCCUAUUAACUGCUUUUGAAAAAAGAGUUAUUUAACAUCGAUAUGAAGACUAACUGUUGGACUAUCAC